ACACACAGGCAUCAUGACACAGGGCAAGCUGUCACUUGCAAACAAGAGUGCCAACGGCUCCACCAGUGGACAGGCCUUAGUGUCACCAGCUCCUCCCAGCUAUGAAGAGGCCACCGCGGGCGUCAGUGCUCCUUGUUACAAUGAUGUUGAGAUGCUCACAGAGUUCACCUGGGAUGAUCGCAACAUCAGGAGGGUCUUCAUCCGCAAGGUUUACGCCAUCUUGAUGAUCCAGCUUUUGGUCACUCUUGCUAUUGUGGCUCUUUUCACAUUCUGUGACCCUGUGAAGGACUACAUUCAGAGCAACCCUGGGUGGUACUGGGCCUCUUAUGCUGUAUUCUUUGUCACUUAUCUGACCCUGUCUUGCUGCUCUGCACCAAGGAGACAGUUUCCAUGGAAUCUGAUUCUGCUUGCCAUCUUUACUCUCUCCCUUUCCUACAUGACAGGGAUGUUGUCCAGCUUCUAUAACACAAAGUCAGUGGUGAUGUGUCUGGGCAUCACAGCAGCAGUCUGUCUCCUGGUCACAGUCUUCAGCUUCCAGACUAAGUUUGACGUGACCUCAUGCCAAGGUGUGCUCUUUGUCUUCUGCAUGGUGAUGUUCAUCUCUGGACUGGUGCUGGCUAUUGUCCUUCCUUUUCAAUAUGUACCGUGGUUGGAUGCCACAUAUGCUGCUUUGGGAGCCAUAUUGUUCACCAUGUUUUUGGCAUUUGACACCCAGCUUCUUAUGGGAAACAAGAGGUACACUAUGAGUCCAGAAGAAUACGUCUUCGCCACUCUCAACAUCUACCUGGAUAUCAUCUAUAUCUUCUCCUUCUUCCUCCAAAUCUUUGGAACAAAACGAGACUAAAGCCACCGUUCAGACGGCAGAUGAGGGC